GAUACAAAUCUAGUCCGUAUGCGUAGCUGGAAGGUCGCACAUCCGGGAGUUUGACCCGCGGGACCGUGACCCCUGGACCAAGAUGGCUGCCAGCAGGAGAGUUUUUGUCGUCGGAGUCGGCAUGACCAAGUUUGAGAAACCUGGUCGCCGACAAGACUUUGACUACCCUGAUAUGGCCAGGGAGGCAGGAAGCAAGGCACUGGCUGAUGCUGGAAUUUCAUACAAAGAUGUCCAGCAGGCAGUUGUAGGAUAUGUAUACGGAGACACAACUUGUGGACAAAAGGCUGUAUACCAACUUGGCCUGACAGGGGUACCGAUCUACAAUGUAAACAACGCCUGUGCUACUGGAUCCUCAGCUCUCAUGAUUGCCAAACAGCUGGUAGAGGGAGGUCUGGUUGACUGUGCCUUGGCCUUAGGUUUUGAGAAGAUGGAGCCUGGCUCGCUCACUUCAAAGUUUCCUGAUCGGACCAGUCCCAUGGGGAAACAUGUGAAGGUGAUGGCCCAGAAGUACGGCAUCACAAACGACCCCCUCACACCACAGAUGUUUGGUAACGCCGGCAGGGAGCACAACCUGAAAUAUGGAUCUACUCCAGAACACUUUGCCAAGAUUGCCAUGAAGAACCACAGACAUUCUGUCAACAAUCCGUAUGCCCAGUUCCAGAAAGAGUACAGCAUUGAUGAGAUCAAGAAGUCCAAGAUGGUGUUCGAGCCUGUCAGUCUAACAAGGCUGCAAUGCUCUCCCACGUCUGACGGCAGUGCUGCAGCCGUGUUGUGCAGUGAAGACUUUGUGAAGAAGCACAACCUCCAGGCUCAGGCUGUGGAGAUAUUUGGGAUGGCGAUGGCCACUGACCUGCCCAGCACCUUUGACGAGAACAGUUGCAUUAAGAUGGUCGGAUAUGACAUGACCAAAGCGGCAGCCCAGAAGCUGUUUGAGAAGACCCAUGUGCAGCCAUCUGAUGUCCAGGUGGUGGAGCUGCAUGACUGUUUUGCUCCCAAUGAACUCCUGACCUAUGAAGCCCUGGGGCUGUGUGCUGAGGGUGAAGGUGGGAGAAUGGUGGACCGUGGAGACAACACAUACGGUGGCAAAUAUGUGAUAAAUCCAAGUGGUGGACUCAUCUCCAAGGGUCAUCCUCUUGGGGCAACUGGGUUGGCCCAGUGUGCAGAGUUGUCCUGGCAGUUGAGAGGCCUGGCAGGGAAGAGGCAGGUCCCUGGUGUCAAGUUUGGCCUGCAACACAAUAUCGGACUAGGGGGUGCUGUCGUCGUCACACUGUAUCGCCACGGAUUCCCGGAGUACAGGAGGAGUCCAGGGGUUCAGAUGGUGAGGACUGCUGCAGCAGAUGGCUUUAAGGUGUCCCCUGUGUUUGAAGCCAUGGAGACCAAACUCAAGCAGGAAGGACCUGCUCUGGUGAAGAAAAUCGGAGGAAUCUUCCUCUUCAAGGUGACGUCAGGGCCGGGAGGGAAGGAGGGGCUGUGGUUGGUGGAUGCCAAAAAUGGAAGUGGGUCUAUCAAGUUCGGUUCAGCAGGCAAGGCUGAUGUCACCAUAACCAUCAAGGAUGGUGACCUGUUUAACCUGAUGACUGGCAAACUGAACCCACAGACUGCAUUUUUCCAGGGGAAACUGAAGAUUCAGGGCAACAUGGCCGUGGCCAUGAAACUGCAGAACCUUCAGCUGAGGGAGAAGGCCAAGCUGUGAACACAUGGCAGUGUGUUCAAUAUGCUGUGGUGUAGGAUUCAUAUCUGACAUGGAGAAAUCUGAUCUGUUUCAAUCAGUGUUCUAGCCAGCCUGAAAUCUUUUUCGGUCAUCUCAGUUUUGUUUGACAUCACAUAAGCAUGAGGCAUUGCACUGGGGUCCCUGCAAUCCUAGGGGGUUCUGCAGAAAAUUUUGAAAUCUUGGGCCUCUGAUGGUAUAUUUCCUGCAUUUUGAGUGGCAAAUUAUGCUGGUAGACUAAGCUUAGUUCAAUGACAUCUCUUUCCAUAUAUUAUGUUUACAUGCCAAUUUUUCUCCGUCAAAGAUAAUGAUAACGGAUUGGGCAAACGUUUUGUCCAUAAUGAGCAGCAAAAUUCUGUCAAAUGACAGAAAGACAGAUGCUGGCUAGAACAAGGGUUUAAAUCUGCUUCAAAUGUUACACUUUACUUUAGCUUGUAACUAAUGACAUCAAUUAAGAAGCUAUCAUUGGUUGAGGUUUCCCAAGUUGAGGUGAAAGAAACACCCUCAUCAUCAACUGAUACUUUCCUGUAAUUCUUAUUAUUCUUGUAAUGUCUUGUAAUAAUGUAUGAUUUUAUAUUUUGGAGAGGGCAGUGAUCAGACAGAGUACAAUUUCCAGGUUCCAGUUGUUCUUACGUAUGCAAAAGGGCAUUCCAAUAUUAAUAUCAACAAAAUUUAUUGCAAAUGCCCGAGGGCUAGUAACAUUACAUCAUAUCAGCCAAUGCAACUGAGCAAGAUAAUUUUAGUCAGUCGUUUGAUUUGUAAGAAACCUCCUAUUCUUGAUUUACAGGGUUGGAUGUCAUCUUGCUCCAAAUAAGUAAAAUAUUACAAUUUUAGAUAGAUAACUAAAAAGAUGGGAAAAUAUGGUGGUCAAAUUUUAAAUCUUCAUGAUGAAAAGAUCAUAUAGUUUAUUGAUGUCAAGAAUACCGGUAGUUAUAAGCAAAUAUGUUUUGUACAUCAUGCAUUGGAUAUGGAGUCUGAUUACAUUGACAUUUUCUUUGUUAUCCCUCUAAGGGCCUCUAUUCAAAGCUGUGUAAUAUACAGUGAUUUGUACUAAUUCUGUAACAUGCAAAUCCUGACAUGAGUUGCUUAUUUCUAUUGUCUGUGAAAUACAGAAAAUAAAGGACGGUUAAUUCUGAA